CCUGGCCGUGCCCUCCACCAGCUUCACCAUAGCCUGAACGCCUUGCAAGCAUCUUCGUCUUUGCAUCGCGGUACACCCAGACGGAACAUACAUCACCUUCAGCCGGUACUGAAGAACAGGGGCAUCAACCAGAGCUCUACCGUACAACACUACCCCGCCUUUCCCAACUGGGAAACUGUCGUCACUUACACGACCACGACCGGCAACGGCGACGAAAGACCACGUCCGAACAGAAACACUUGAUUCAGUCGCAGCCAUGGUUCUCGCAAAGUCAAAACAGUCCGUGGGACUGGGCAACUCGCUCAUGAACGAUCGCUUCGGCAAGGGCAAGGGCGCAGAUCGCAAGAAGGGCGGCAACUCGGUAACGAGAAUCAACCACAACACUGGAGAAGAGUACAUCACAAACGAGAAGAAGGAAGCAUCAUGGGUCAAGAUGCGCUCCGUAACGGAGCAAAGCGCCAUGGACGAGUUCCUGGCCACAGCAGAGCUCGCAGGCACCGACUUCACCGCCGAGAAGAUGAGCAACGUCAAGAUCAUCCACACCGACCAGAAGAACCCUUACCUCCUGUCGGCAGCGGAGGAGCGCAACGUGAUCGGCAAGCAGCAGAAGCACAAGGGUCGUCUGACAGUGCCGAGACGGCCUAAGUGGGACGAGAACACGACUGCCGCCGAGCUGGACCAGCGAGAGCGAGAGAGCUUUCUGAACUGGAGACGAGGUCUGGCCGAGCUGGAGGAGAACCAAGAUCUGCUCAUGACUCCCUUUGAGCGAAACCUCGAAGUCUGGCGCCAGUUGUGGCGUGUCAUCGAGCGUUCUGAUCUGGUCGUGCAGAUUGUCGAUGCCAGAAACCCGCUCAUGUUCCGUUCGGAAGACCUUGAGAAUUACGUCAAGGAGGUCAAUCCGAAGAAAGAAAACCUGCUUCUAGUCAACAAGGCCGACAUGAUGACCACGAAGCAGAGGAGGGCAUGGGCACAGUACUUCAAGAGCAAUAACAUUGCGUACAGGUUCUUUUCGGCGAGCUUGGCGAAGCAGUUGAACGAGGAGCGAGAGUUGGAGGAAGAAUCGAGCGAGGCUGGUUCAGAGCAAGGCGAAGAUAGCGGUCCUUCAGGAUCUCAGCCAGCACCAGAGGACACUAGUGCAGGCAGCGUGGAUGGCGAGUCUGAUCACGAGGAUGAGGUUCUUGCUACGAGGGAGACUGAUUCCGAUGAAGACACCCGGAUUCUGACGGUCGAGGAGCUGGAGGACAUCUUCCUGCAGCACGCGCCAACAUCAGACGCACCGGACGCCAAACUCCAGAUUGGUCUUGUUGGUUACCCCAACGUCGGAAAGUCUUCCACAAUCAACGCCAUCAUCGGCGCAAAGAAGGUGUCCGUCUCCUCGACACCAGGAAAGACAAAGCAUUUUCAGACCAUUCACUUGAGUGAGAAGGUUGUCCUUUGCGAUUGUCCUGGUCUGGUUUUGCCAAACUUUGCUUCAACAAAGGCGGACCUGGUCUGCAAUGGUGUUCUGCCCAUUGAUCAGCUGCGCGAGUUUACCGGCCCGGCAACUCUGAUCACGAAGCGCAUUCCCCAGCCUUGGCUUGAGGCUAUUUACGGCAUCCAUAUCCAGACGCGGCCGCUGGAGGAGGGCGGCACUGGCAUCCCCACUGCCAGCGAGUUCCUCUCGGCGCAUGCUCGGGCCCGCGGCUUUCAGACGCAGGGCGUGGGCCAACCAGACGAGUCCAGGGCUGCCAGGCUCAUCCUGAAGGACUACGUGAACGGCAAGCUCCUUUACGUCGAGGCCCCGCCAGGGUAUCCGGAUGCCGCCGAAUUCAACAGAGAGCUGUACAGUGCAGACAGACUGCCGGAAAAGCGCCGCGCGGCUCUGUUGGCAGCCAUGGAGGAGCUCGACCUGGGCGAUGAUGGCGAGUCCACACUUGGCACUGAUAUUAUUGCUCUGCCAAGAGGAGCGAAGUCGCAGAAGCUCGACAAGGCAUUCUUCGCUACGGGGUCGGCCAAUGCGGGCCACCUGACUAUGCCCUUCAACCACCGUUACACUGCGCAAGGUCGCGACCAGGCCCAGACCCGCGCGAAGCAGAUGAGUGGUCGCAAGGCUCGGGCGCUGAUUGCGCUCGAGACAGGCCUGGACCCCAAGGAUGUGCAGCUUGAGGGAAGCAAGAAGCACUUCAAGAGCAAUAAGAAGGCCAAGGCCAAAGCGUCAAGGGGCAACAUGGCGGACCACGACUGAGUGUCGCUCUGGUGUGGUAUCAAAAAAAGGAGGCAAAGCUUACGAUUUCUUUCAUGACUCAUUCCUGGGCGUUUUUCUUUUGAGGGUUUCUGCAUCGCAACAAGGCCGGGGACAUAUUUCGAUAGUUUCGAACAUUGAUUAUUCACACCUUGAA